AUGAGGAUCCUAGCCUGGAAUUGUAGGGGGGCGGCCAAGCCGUCCUUCAUGUCAUCCUUCAAACGGUUAGUGCAAGUUCAUUGUCCGGAGAUCUGCUUCAUCAGCGAGACCCGGCUAUCUGGUGAGGGGCUUGUACGCUUGAGACGGUGCUUAGGGAGGGACUGGGAGUCAUACGCAGUCGAUUCCCGAGGGCUGUCGGGAGGUAUCCUGCUACUGUGGAGGCGAGGGGUGGCGACCUUUGAUGUCUUCCACAACUGCCCCCAACAGGUAGUUAUGGUUGUUUCGGCACCGGAUGUUGCCCCAUGGGUUUUGCGUGGGGUGUAUGCGAGCACGGAUUAUAGGGUCAGGAGAGUCCUCUGGCAGGAGAUUACCAGCCUUACAGCCCAGGGUGUCCCGACAGUUGUAGUUGGCGACUUUAAUUGCAUAUUGAGUUCGAGCGACAAGAGGGGCGGGGCAGCCUUUAUGGAUAAAGCGGACAGGAGGGAGUUUCGCGAUUUUGUGUCGCGUACGGGCCUAGUGGACUUAGGGUUCUCUGGACCUCAGUUUACUUGGUGCAAUAAUCAGCUCGGCAGUGCUAGGGUUUGGGAGCGUCUAGAUAGGGCCUUUGCGUCCCCGGACUGGAUCCUCCAUUUUCCUACCUGCAGAGUUAGUCACCUACCUCGGAUCGCCUCAGACCAUUGCCCCCUGCUGAUUUCCACAUCAUCGGGACCUAGUCAUCAUAGCCCCUUUCGCUUUGAGAAGGUUUGGCUAUCAUACCCCCAGUCCUGGGAUAUUGUCCGUGAGGCAUGGCGCAUCCCGGUGCGUGGAGACGCUAUGCACCGGGUGUCGCGCAAACUAGAAUUGGCCAAGAGGCGUCUUCGGCGGUGGAACCGUGAGACUGUGGGUAAUAUCUUCCGGAGAGUAGAGGGGGUAGAGACUGCGAUCUCUGAAUUGCAGCGGAAAGAAGAUCUAGAAGGUGAGGUCUCGGUGGAUGACAUGGGUAAUCUCCGGGGGCUUCUAGCAACCCACCACUCACUACUACGGCAGCACGAGAUCUUCUGGCGACAGAAAUCUCGAGUUCAGUGGGUACAUGAGGGUGACCGCAAUACUAGUUUCUUCCAUCGGUCUACGAUUAUCCGGAGGCAGCGGAGCACUAUCCACUCGCUGCGAGACGGGUCUGGACAUCGGGUGGAAGUGGUAGAGGCUAUUCAGUGCUUCUUCUCUCAGGAGAGGAUGCCGGAUGACUGGAAGGCUACCUUCAUCACGCUCAUUCCGAAGCGUCAGGAGGCGGCGGAGCCCGGCCAUUUCAGACCCAUUAGUUUGUGCACAACCUUGUAUAAGGUUGUGGCCAGAAUAAUGGUCCGUAGGAUGAAGCCCUUACUGCCUGGCAUUAUCAGUCAGGAGCAGGGGGCUUUUAUAGCUGGCAAAAACAUCUCCCAUAAUGUUCUGUUGGCCCAGGAGAUGAUGUGGGAUCUGCAGCGAGCAUCGAAGCGACGUAGCUUGAUGGCUAUUAAGCUGGAUAUGGAGAGAGCUUACGACAGGAUCAGAUGGAGAUUUCUUCAGCAGAGGGUGUGUGCCCGUAGAGAGCUCGAGGCCUAUGUCCCCGCCCCGGGGGCUAGUCCUCUUUCCCACUUACUUUUCGCUGAUGAUUGCCUUCUUUUGGCCAGGGCGCGGGUUUCUGAUGCACGGGUCCUUCGGAGGGUAGUGGCGGACUAUUGCGCGGCGUCAGGUCAGAGAGUUAAUUUCCACAAGUCAGCAGUCCACUUCAGCCCGAGCACGGAGAGCAGGGUCAGACAGGAGAUCCGAGGGAUUCUAUAG